GCCUGUUCCGAGUUAGUUAUCAUCCAUCCAGAGACCCUCGAGCGGGCGGCCCCGUCGGCCCCAAGGUCCCUCGUUGUUUUUCCCUUGCGGCUUGGUCGAGCUCCGAGAGAGUCGCCGUGGCAUGUUGCCCACCACGAUCAUUCCACGUUCUUGAUCUUCAGGGAUUAACUUACUUCCCCCAUGUUCUGAUAUACAUCUCACGCUCCUUUAAAACCACCAAAGAUCGAUCAGAUGGGCCGCCAACUACUUUACGGAGCCGCCCUCUUGGGCGCCUCUGUUCAGGCAUUCGCUUUUCUGCCCCUGCCAACCAACCGCUACCAGGCACUCCCUCUCGAAGACGGCUGGAAUCCCAAGCCGACCCAACCUCCAGACGCUCACUUAGUUCGACGGCAAAUGAGCCGCCCCUCAAGCUAUCUCGUCGCCCCGGAUAACACAUGCGGCUUCAUCGAAGGCAAUUCAAGUGAGUGAUCACAGCGCCCUCGAGCUACGUAGAGGAAACCGUGGAGACCGUAGCAAGUCCUCGGUUGACGCGACGUCUUGGGCUGACCCCCUUCGAU